AUGUCGAAGUUUGUUCAGGGUUUUGAAAAAGGUGAGCAAUUUCAAGCAACUUUCAUCUCACAAUCUUCUAAUGGGAGUCCCAAUCCUGUUGAACAUGGCACUAGUUCAAAGAAGAAGAGAAGUCUUCCAGGAAAUCCAGAUCCCAAUGCGGAGGUCGUAGCAUUAUCUCCGAGGACUCUAAUGGCAAUCAACAGGUACAUAUGUGAAGUGUGUCAUAAAGGGUUUCAAAGAGAUCAGAACCUUCAACUACAUAGAAGAGGACAUAACUUGCCUUGGAAGCUGAAGCAAAGAACAGGUAUAGAGGUUAAGAAAAGGGUUUAUAUAUGCCCCGAAACGAGUUGUGUGCAUCAUGAUCCGAGCCGGGCUCUAGGCGACUUGACCGGCAUUAAGAAGCACUUCUGCAGGAAGCAUGGAGAAAAGAAAUGGAAAUGUGACAAGUGUUCCAAACGGUAUGCUGUUCAAUCAGACUGGAAGAUAUUUGUGUUUCCUUUGGUCUUGUGCAGGAAGGAUAGUUUUGUCACACAUAGAGCCUUUUGUUAUGCAUUAACCGAGGAAGAGUACAAGGGGAAUCAUGGCCUUGCCUCCACCGAAGGAAUGUUGCAAAGGCAGGCACAAGAGAUGUUUACUUCAUCAAUGCCCUACUCGGAUUCAAGCUCCAAUGCGAAUACGAUGAUGAAUCUGUCGGUUUCGAAUGAGAACACAAACCGUUCACUAAGGCCGUUAUCUUUGAACUCGACUGGAGUCAUGCUGUCCGGCAAUUUACAUCAAAUUUUCAAUCCAAGUACAUCACUGGCAUCUACUCUUGCAAUCGGGUCAACUUGCGCAUCUGCCACGGCCUUGCUACAAAAAGCUGCAGCCAUGGGGGCUAAGAUCAGUGACAACACGAUCGCCCCGAUAGUACUCAGAGGUUUCACCGGAUUCUCUAGUAGUAAUAUCAACUCAUCAGGGUCCAUCCACGAAGGUUCUUCCAUGGCUGGUAGUAACAUAGGAACUAAUGCAUUGAGCACCAACGGUUUGUACGUGGGAGAAGAAACGUGUGAAAAGAAUCUCGACUCAAGGGAUCCAGGAUCUCUCCAUAACCUUGCUCCGACUGCAUUGUUCGAUUCUCAUAUUCUACACUCAGACAACGGGAAUGCUGAAAAUCUGGUUGAUUUUUUAGGCACGGAACCAGCAGGGCAUCAGGGUGCGGUGAACUCCAACACUGAGCAAAGCCUGAACAAUUGGCGCUCAAACUGUUGGAGUAAUUAA